AUGAGCUUCGAUGCAUUGUACAAGCAAGCCGAAGCACAUCCAGAAACACGAUUGCUGAAGCACCGCAUUGAUACGUACAUGCAUCAACUCGAGCGCGACAGCUCAGAACGCAUCAGAAAAGGCUGGACAUGUCUUUGCGCCUGCAAAGACCCAGAGUACCGUUUCUCAGCAUGGCGCUGCGACUUCAAUCCCCAAGACUCCCGUCUCUGUGGCACGGUGCGCCAUCGUGGUCAGCUAUGCGCGCGAUGCUACCGCAAGGCACAAGAGCAAGCCUGCCCAUGGCUUGUCGAAUUCGAUGGCGACCGGUUUGGAUUUCCAUGCGUCUUUGAAGACCCACGGCUGAGAAGGCCCGUCGAUAGCAACUGGAAGAUCGGUCCCAAGAAUCAACAUGGCGAGCCAGAUCCUAGCUGGGAAAAGGAUCCGAGGAGAGAUGGACGGUGCGAGAGAACGAGGUUUCGAAACCAGCUCUGUCAGAGGUGCUUCAACCGCAUGUGCGAGAUUCGCGGGUUCGGCCGAUACUUCGAUACGGAGUGGGGCAUACUCCGUCGGAACUAUGGUGUGUGA